AUGACCACUGGAGUCGCCAUAAUCGGAAGCGGAAUCUUCGCCAAGGAGCAGCAUCUUCCCGCAGUCAAAGAAGCUCCCACCCUCGCUCUUAAGGCUAUCUACUCGCGCUCGCUCAAAUCCGCACAAGAUCUAGCUGAGGGUCUUGAGAAUGUAGAUCUGUACUCGGACGAUUCUGGCCCUGAGAAGGCCUAUGCGGACCUUUUGAAACGCGAAGAUAUUGGUGCUGUUAUUCUGGCACUCCCUAUCCUCGUCCAGCCAGCGUAUAUCAAGCAAGCCUUGGCCGCAGGCAAGCAUGUUCUCUCUGAGAAGCCAAUCGCCAAGGACUUAGCUACGGCGCAGGACCUUCUGUCCUGGUACAACAAUGGCGCCAACGUCGACAAGUCCAAGACACUCUGGGGGGUCGCAGAAAAUUACCGCUUUAUCCGCAAGUGGCUUCAAACCGCCGCUGAGGUGCAGAAGCUCGGAAGCGUGAAGACGUUUCGGCUCGUGUUGAGAGCCAACAUUGGGACUGAGGGAAAGUAUUAUAACACAUCCUGGCGCAAAACGCCCGAGUACCAAGGUGGUUUCGUGUUAGACGCCGGAAUCCACUUCCUCGCAGCCCUCCGACUCAUUCUCGGUCGCGGAUCAAACAGUCUCAAGACUGUAAUCGCGCAGACAAGUCAACUGCAGGAACAUCUGCCGCCCAUAGAUACAGUCGAUGCACUUGCGACGACCGCAUCUGGGGCUCCUGGGGUAAUCAACAUCUCAUUUGGGUCUGAAUUCAGGGACUCUUUGUUGGAGAUCACGUCUGAAAAGGGUGUCGUGACUCUUAUCGGUGACCAAUUGACGGUUGGUGGUGUCGUGACUGAUAUUCCCUUUGAGGGUGUGGGCGUGAAGGAGGAGGUCAAGGCAUUUGGGGCGUCGAUUGUUGGUGGAGCUUUGGAAGAUAGGUUACGGCCUGAGGAGGCAUUCGCUGAUCUGGAGAUUUUGGAGAAGUUGGUGACGAGCGGUGAGGAUGGUGGGAGGAAGACGUUGGAGUUGCAGUAA